AUGAUUUUUGUAAGAAUAUUUGUCAUCACAGUUUUCUUGAAUUUAGUGAAAUUAAGCACAUCUAAUGACUAUUUAUCAAUAUCAAAGGCAAUUGCAGACAUUUGUGAAGUAUUUUACAUCCAAAACUCAAUAACAUUUGAUGUGAUAAUUUAUGGAGAAUCAACACGUCAUCUUGAUGAUGUUAUAAAUGGAGUUUUAGGGCUUAUUGGAGGAAAUGCCUCAAAAUCUGUUGUGCAUUUCAAAAAUAUUAGAUUCUUUAAGCCAGACUUAAUUCAAUCAGCUGUGAUUCUGUUUAAAAAUAUUUCAAUUUUACAGGAUUUCAAUGCUAAUACAGAACUUACAAAUCCAUCAUAUAAAACCUUAAAAUUUUUAAUUUAUUGUGAAAAUUUGGAUGAUUUUUAUCAGAUUCCGACAGUCAAGAUGUACAAUUCUGAUCGAUCACAUGUCAGUUCCUUUCAAUACUUUAUUGUCGAUAGAGAAUUUUUUAUAUUUUUCGUAACUUUUGAUCAUUUUCAAGAGAAGUCAUGCAACUUAAGAAGUCACAGGAUCAUCAAUAGUUUCACCAAAAAGUCUCAAAAGUGGACAAAAAAGCUGGGAAAUUUUAGAAAUUUUAAUGACUUCAAUGGCUGCAUGCUGACCUACACUGACAGUUAUAAUGCAAAUUACUUGCUUAAUAGAUACAACAAAGAAAUUCUAAGCUGUGCUAGAUCAGAAUCCAAACUAAAUGUUUGUCCUAAAUUGAUCAAAAAAAUUCUCGAUCGUCCUGGUGUUAAGUUUGAAGGUCUUGUGUAUGAAGUCUUUGAAGCUAUGGCAAAGCAUGGCAAUUUCUCUACAAAAUAUAACUUCAUCACAAAUGGAUUUUUGACAACAAAAGGAAAUUACUUUAUUAAGCAUGAUAUUCGCAUUUAUUCCACUGGAUACUUUCCAGAUUUGAUUAGACGAGUUCACAUGAUUUCGCCAUUUUAUGACGUUCCUUCAGGCAUUUUUGUGACUCCUCCAGAAUUUUAUAAUAAUUUUGAGAAGCUAUUGCUGCCAUUUGAUGCUGUGACUUGGAUUUUAUUGGUUGCAACCUUCAUUACCAUAUCUAUUGUCCUCUUUAACAUGCGAUUCACGUCAAACAAAGUCAGAAAGUUUGUUUUCGGACUCGGCAUUCAAACUCCUGGGCUGAAUGUUCUUCGAAUAUUCUUUGGAAUCGGACAAACGAAGCUGCCUAAAGAAUCUAUUUUAAGGUUCAUCUUGAUAUUCUUUGUACUGUUCUGUUUGAUUAUGAGGACAUGCUACCAAAGUAAAAUGUUUGAUUUUAUCACAUCUGACAUGAGAAAGUCACCACCAAAGACACUGGACGAGGUUAUUGAUAUGGGAUAUACGAUUGUUCUAGGAAAUGGAUCUGAGAUGUAUGAUGUUUGGUAUAAUGACAUUCGAUCCAGAAAUGCAAAGUCAAAAUUUUUGUUUUUCGGCGAAAGCGUAAAUAUUUCAAAGAAUUACUGCGUAAGUAUCAAUAGAGUUCAUCCAAAGCUUGCAUACUUAAUGCCAAUCAUGAAUAUGUUAUCUGCAAGCUCAUUUUGUGGUGGUUUUCUUACUUCUGUGAAGCAUUUUGAAAUGACCUCCUGCUUAGGUGGACUAGGAAUGGUCAGAAACAGCAUCUUAUAUCCAAUUUUUGACAAAGUCAUGAACAAACUAGUUCCAUCUGGAAUACCAUUGUAUUUAUUCAAAUAUUAUAAAGAAUUUCUUUAUGGAGUUUAUCAAGAAUCAAAAGAAAACAUGCCAAAAAUUUUAACAUUUGAUGAUUUGGAGUUUGGAUUCAUAAUGUGGCUUACAGCAUGUGGAAUUUCAUUAGCUGCAUUUGCAACUGAAAUAUUGAGAUAUAAAACUUUGAAGUUUAUUGAAAUUUAUGUUGGGUUGAUUGUCUUGGUGUCGAUAGUGACCAACAGAACACGAAAUAAUUAG